GCUUUUUGGAAGUUCACUGCACUGAACCCGGAUCAUCACUGUAGCACGGGCCCCAUGAUACAUGGCGACCCGCGAUUGAUCCGAUUAAUAAAUUUUUUUUUUUUUUAAACAAAAAUCAAACAGAUAAAAAAUAAUAAUAAAAAAAUAUUUUGUGAACCCCUUCCAUGGGGUUCACUAAUGCUGAUGCUCUCAGAAGCAAAAGUCUUUGGUUCCGAAUGCGUGCGUGUAUCAUAAGUUACGUAGGUCACACUCACAGAACCUCGAGUACUAUGUGUUAAUUAGAUCUUUAACGUUUCACAUACACAUCAUUGUCUCUCCUGGCCGUCUUCUCCGGCGAACACAACGCCAUUUAUUAACAACAUUUGCUUUCCUUUGAUUCACUCUCAUGGCCGAUAUAGCUGUUAAACGAUUUUCAAAGAUAUUUGAAAAAAUGCAUACAAACAUGUAGGAUUUUAUUUGUUAUUAGCCUAAUCUUGGAAAAUAAUCUUCGAAAAUUUGAUUCGAAAACCGGUAGAAUUCUAGUGUAUUUAUAUCUUAAUACCACAUCGACUUCAAAAACACUAUUUAAAGAUCCAAUAAAAUCCAUGUAUUUUGUGAUGAUACUUGAUAGGAACAAACAAUUUAAGAUUCUUUCAAUAUGUAUAUUCUUAUACCAAAAUCUCUUUCUUAAAUUGUAAUCAUGUUAAAUCUUUGAAAAGACUUUAAUUUAUAGAAAAAAAAUUGUAUGGGUGAUAUAUUAAGGAAUAAAAUCUCUCAAAGUUACCAUCAAAUCAUAUUUUUGACUACACACAUCUUACAUAGUUUCAAAUAAAUUAUGAAUGCUCGAAUUGUCGUUAUAAGUUACCUUAUUAAUUUAGUAAAUGAUUAGAUUGAAAUAUGUUUAUUUCUUAAUUAGUUUCAAAUAUUUAGUUGUUCUCCGUAUUUCUAAAUAACUUAGCUAAAUAGACAAUAAAACACUCCAUAUCUUAUUUGGUAGUGACAUAUUUGUUAUUUUAUUACAACAAAUUUACAAAGAAAAUAUAAAUUUUUAGUAUUAUCAGCAAAGAAAUAUAGCUGCAUACAAGAUAAUUUUGUAUUGUAUUUUUCCAGUAGCAAUUAUAAAAUGUGGCAUAUUUCUUUUUACAAAAUAAAUUUUCGGAACUCCUUACCUAGUAUAUAUAUAAAAAUAAAUAAACCGCCUAAUAUUAGGACAUUUCCAUCUUCCAUUGUAAAUUUUCGGAGAAAUUAACGUUUCACCUAUACCUCAUUCUCUCUCUGUGCCUCCUCUCUCUCUCUCUCUCUCUCUCCCCGCCGUCGUCUCCGGCGAAACAACAACAUUUGCUUUCCUCUGAUUGACUCUCAUGGCGGACAUCGUGAAACAAAUCUUAGUGAGACCAAUCCAACUAGCGGAUCAGAUAACCAAAGCAGCCGACGAAGCUUACUCGUUCCGACAAGAAUGCCUCGAGGUCAAAGCCAAAACCGAGAAGCUCGCCGGCCUCCUCCGCCAAGCGGCGCGCGCGAGCAACGACCUCUACGAGCGUCCCACGCGCCGCAUCAUCGACGACACGGAGCAGGUCCUCUUCAAAGCCAUCGCCCUCGUCGAGAAAUGCCGCGCCGCGGGGCUGAUGAAGCGCCUCUUCACCAUCAUCCCCGCCGCCGCGUUCCGCAAGAUCACGAUGCAGCUCGAGAAUUCUCUAGGAGACGUCUCCUGGCUCCUCCGCGUCUCCGCCUCGGGCGACGACCGCGACGACGAGUACCUAGGUCUCCCUCCCAUCGCCGCCAACGAGCCGAUCCUCUGUUUGAUCUGGGAGCAAGUCGCGAAUCUCUUCACCGGCUCUCUCGACGAGAGGUCCGACUCGGCGGCGUCCCUCGUGUCGUUGGCACGUGACAAUGACCGUUACGGGAGGCUCAUUAUAGAAGAAGGCGGCGUGCCUCCGUUGUUAAAACUCGCUAAGGAAGGGAAACUUGAAGGCCAAGAAAACGCGGCGCGGGCCAUUGGGCUAUUGGGCCGAGACCCAGAGAGCGUUGAGCAGAUCGUUAACGCGGGCGUGUGCCAAGUCUUCGCGAAGAUUCUCAAAGAAGGUCAUAUGAAAGUUCAGACGGUUGUAGCAUGGGCUGUGUCGGAGUUAGCGUCGAAUCAUCCCAAGUGUCAAGACCACUUCGCUCAGAACAACAUCAUUCGCUUCUUAGUGAGCCAUCUCGCCUUCGAGACGGUUCAGGAGCAUAGCAAAUACGCUAUCGUGAGCAACAAGGCAACUUUGUCUUCGAUCCACACGGUCGUGAUGGCUAGCAACACGAAUCCGGGAGAUAAGAAGGCGGGCAACGAGCAGGACGAGGCUCAGAGUAAUAUCUCGCAUCCUAUGAGUAACCAAACACCGAGCCAGAUGCAUAACAUUAUCACAAACACAUUAGCAAUGAAAGGCUCCGGCCCAGGCUCAGGCCCAGGCUCGGGCCCAGCUUCGGGUUCAGGUUCAGGUUCAGGUUCGGGUUCAGGUACUACUAACAAGAAUCAAACAAAACAUAACAGUCAGCAUCAUACAAAAGGUGGACCAACACCCAGAGGGAACAAUCCAACGCAUGUUUCUUUAAUGGGGACAAGUAUUAAAGGAAGAGAGUUCGAGGAUCCAGCCACUAAGGCUCAGAUGAAAGCAAUGGCUGCAAGAGCGUUGUGGCAACUCUCGAGAGGGAAUCUCCAAAUAUGCAGAAGCAUAACAGAAUCAAGAGCAUUGCUAUGUUUCGCCGUUCUGUUAGAGAAAGGUGACGAUGAAGUCAAGUCGUAUUCCGCAUUAGCAAUGAUGGAGAUCACCGACGUUGCCGAACAGUACUCAGAGCUGAGACGCUCAGCUUUCAAACCAACCUCUCCUGCGGCAAAAGCUGUGGUCGAGCAGCUGCUAAAGGUGAUCGAAAAGGAGAUACCGGACCUUUUGAUCCCAUGUAUCAAAUCAAUAGGUUGUCUUUCAAGAACGUUCCGUGCGACGGAGACAAGAAUCAUCGCGCCGCUCGUGAAGCUUCUUGAUGAAAGAGAAGCUGAGGUUUCGAUGGAAGCUGCGGUUGCGCUUAUCAAGUUCUCGUGUACUGAGAAUUUCUUGCGUGAUAACCACUCUAAAGCGAUCAUAGCGGCAGGUGGUGCAAAGCAUUUGAUUCAGUUGGUUUACUUUGGAGAACAAAUGGUUCAAGUUCCGUCUUUGGUACUACUAUGUUACAUUGCGUUGAGUGUACCGGAUAGUGAGACUCUAGCGCAAGAAGAGGUUCUUGUAGUACUUGAGUGGUCGACAAAGCAAUCUCAUUUGGUGGAAGCGCCGAUGAUUGAUGAGAUAUUACCAGAAGCUAAGAGUAGAUUGGAGCUUUAUCAAUCUAGAGGGUCAAGAGGGUUUCAUUGAUUUAUGACUAAGCUUCACUCUCUAGUAUGAACAUUCUCUUCUUUUUUCUCCCAGGCGAGUUUUGUUUCAUCUUUGAUGUGAUCUAUCUCCAAGCUCUCUGUAUAGGUACAUUGGUGAUGCUCGUAGACAUUUGUUAUAAAUGUGUAGACUAUGUUGUAAGUCAAAACUACUAUACAUUGAUUUAGAUUAUACACCAAAUAAUAUUCCAGUUAAGUUUGUUUUGCAUUUUUGUUUGAAGCUUUGUUCUCUUUGCAUCAUUAGGCUUUUGCGGGAUUCAAAUUGUCUUUUACUUGUUUAUGUAGGGAGUAAAUGAAAUUAAGCCAUGUAGAAUAAUUAUCAAUCAUAUACAGUUUAGAAGUACAUUCUAGUUUAGGUCGUUUGUAAACAAGAUGCGUAAUUAUUGUUAACAUAGAAAGUGCAUGUAAACAUGCAAGUAAACAAGAAUUGUGAGAAAACAUUGUUAGUCUUGAGACAUUAUUGUAAACAAUAAUCUUUGUAUGCCACCUGAAAAUGAUAUGUGAUUAAAAUAUUUACAAGCUAUAUAACACACUGAUAAAGGUAUAUAACAUUCACUUAGAUAUAAUAACGAACAUAAAUGAAAUAGAGUGAAAGUGUAAUUUAUCGAUUCCCCAUUAUAUAAACGUACACCAUACAGCUGGUUUAAAACAAUUAAACCGGAUUUAACAACAGUAAUCAUGAAUGUACAAAGUGUACAAUCCAUCCAUCCCUUCUAGUAAACAAUGAACAGAAAACAUUCAAAAAUACUAUAGAAGUAUAAGUAACAUACCAAAAAAA